GAAUAUGGAGCUACUUCCAGAAGACUCUUGUGAAGAAGUAUGCCAUGGAGAGAAAUGGGCUCAACUUGAUCUGUGGGCCCAUAUUUGACUACGACUACGAUGGCCUGAGAGACUCGGCAGAGAAAAUUAAACAGUAUGGAAGUGGUUCAGGGCCCAUUCCAACCCACUACUACUGUGUGUUAACCAGUUGUCUGGACUUCACCCAGGCUGAGGACAUCUGUACUGGACCUCUUAGCAGCUCUGCCUUCAUCCUUCCACACCGCUCAGACAACGACGAGAGCUGCAGUAGCUCUGAGGACGAGUCUAAGUGGGUGGAGGAUCUGAUGAAGCUGCACACGGCCCGGGUCCGAGACGUGGAGAUCCUCACGGGCCUGGACUUCUACCGUCGGACUAGUCGGAGUUACCCUGAAAUCCUCUCACUGAAGACUCACAUGCACACGUAUGAGAGCGAGAUCUAAACCACUGUCUCCCUACCCUCUCCUGUCUCCCUACCCUCUACUGUCUCCCUACCCACCCUCUCCUGUCUCCCUCUCCUGUCUCCCUACCCUCUACUGUCUCCCUACCCACCCUCUCCUGUCUCCCUCUCCUGUUCUCCCUACCCUCUCAUGUC